GAGUCGUUGUUUUCACUAACCAGUAGCCCGGAUGUUAGCAGCGACAGCAGAGCUCUUUAUUUUAUUUAUUCAGUAACCGUUAAUAAAUCGCUUAAACAUCACCCAUGGUCAGGAUGACCCAGAAGCACUGCCUGGAGGGCCAGGUGUACUCAGUGCCGCUCAUCCAGCCAGACCUGAGGAGAGAGGAGGCCAUCCAUCAGAUAGCUGAUGCAUUACUCUACCUGGAGAGUAUCUCUACAGAUAUUUUCAAAAGGGUGUCUGACAGCGUAGAAAAGAACCGCCGCCAGCUGCAGAGUGUCACUGACCGGAUCAAACUAGCUCAGGCUCGUGUUGACAAGAUCAAAGGAAGCAAGAAGGCUACCAAGGUUUUCUCCAGUGCCAAAUACCCAGCACCAGAUCGACUUCAGGAUUACUCAUCUAUCUUUACUGAGGCUACAGACCCUUCCUCACAAACUCGCCCCCGACUCAGAAUCCAGAAUAAACUCCGACCUUUUGAUGAGAAAGCCUUACAGGAGAAGUUGAUGUAUUUUCCAGUAUGUGUGAACAAUAAGAAGAAGUCUGAGGAUGAGACAGAGGAAGGGCUGGGCAGUCUGCCACGCAACAUCUCCUCCGUCAGCUCUCUGUUGCUCUUUAAUACAACAGAGAACCUAUAUAAGAAGUACGUGUUCCUUGAUCCUCUGGCUGGAGCUGUGACAAAGACACACACUACACUAGAGACUGAGAAAGAAGAGAAACCAUUCGAUGCUCCGCUGUCCAUUACAAAGAGGGAGCAACUGGAGAGACAGACAGCAGAGUCUUACUUCUACGUGCCAGACUUGGGCCAGGUGCCUGAGAUAGAUGUGCCAUCCUACCUGCCUGACCUACCAGGCAUCGCAGACGACCUGUCCUACAGUGCAGACCUCGGGCCUGGCUUCGCCCCGUCGGGACCAACACAAAACAUCCCAGAGCUGCCUUCCUUCUCUGAGGAGAGCAGUGCUCCUGGACCUCAGCUCCAACCGAACGUCCCACCACCUCCUCCUCCGCCACCCCCUCCUCCUCCUCCACCACCGGAGCCUGGUCUCACACCUGCCACUCCAGCAGGUGUGUCGCCUCCUCCUCCACCGCCUCCUCCACCGCCUCCUCCUCCUGUUGACACUGCAGAUGCCUCUAGAGUGCCAGGUUCAGGCCCUGUAUCUGGUGCUCCCAGUGAGGUGGUUCAGCCGUCAGACAGCCGAGCCAGUCUCCUGGAGUCCAUCCGCAACGCUGGAGGCAUUGGCAAGGCCAAGUUACGCAAUGUUAAAGAGCGCAAGAUGGAGAAGAAGAAACAGAAAGAGCAAGAACAAGCAGUGGGAGCUGCAUCCAGUGGGGGAGACUUUAUGUCCGAUCUCUUUAAUAAACUUGCAAUGCGUAGGAAAGGCAUUUCUGGGAAGGGUCCAGCUGGAGGGGAGACAGGCGAUACUCCCAGUAGCACAGGGGGUGCAUUUGCCAGGAUGUCGGACGUGAUCCCGCCACUUCCUGCCCCACAGUCAGCGACAGAUGAUGAUGACUGGGAAGCGUAACAUAAUGGACAAUGAAAGCAUUUAAAAGUCAUGGAUAAUUACCUUAAUUUUUCUACAAUCACUCAACAAAUAAUCAUUAAAACAUGGUCCCACUAACAGAAAGUUAAAAUGGGAAAUGUUUGUCAAAGAAAGAAGCAGAAAACAUUGAUGAAAGUCAUAGAUAAAGAAUUUAUUGAGAAUCUUUUCAUUUUAAAACAUAUUUUCAUAACAUUAAUAAACAGAUAUUCUUAGAACGCCAAAUGAAAUCAUCUCACUAACAUCUCUCCAUUAAAUAAAAGUAAUUUUUGCAUUACAUAA